CAACCUCCAUCCGCCACCAAAUCCACCACUCACCGGCCGCCGGGACCCACAUGGCGGCCACGCGCAAGCCCCGAUUCCCGGCCGCCGCCGCCGCCGACCACCUCCGCUUCCUCCGCCCCGGCGCGCUCGCCCGCCUCCGCGACGCCAGGCUCCGCCGCAGCCGGAGGGCCGCCUCCCGCCCGGCCCCGCCCUCGCCGUCCCCCUCUCCCCCGCCCGCUCCCGCUCCCGCGGCGGGGCCCUUCCUGCCCUACUACGUGCCGGCGUCGAGGCUCCUCUCCCCGCGCUGCCCGCAGCGGAAGAAGCUCACGGCGGCCAAGGCCGUCACGCUCUUCCCCCCGCCGGCCUCGGACCUGCCCUUCGAGGCGGUUAUGGAGUUCCUCAACAUCCCGGACAUGGUCGUCGCCGCCCACUAGAGGAGGGCCCCCCCUCGCCGUGUUGUACUAGCUCGUUCGUCUAUAUACAUGUAGAUUCAGAGAUCUGGUUCUGCCUCGUCUAGUUCAUAGUAGUUCCAUGUCUUACAGCUUAUUAUUGUUUACCUUGUUUGUUUGUACUGUACCGAUUUGAUGUGAAAAAAACAAAUAUAAAGAAGAAUAGUUCUGUAAAAGGUUUGUGUAACUGCAAAAUCGGGAACAUAACUGUCAAUUCGCUGUGCUUUCCUACUA